GGGAGGGAGGCAGGGCUUGGCCUAAGCGCCAUGGACCGCUUCGGCUGGACCAACGGCCUCCUGGAUAUCCACGAGAACCUGGUCACGCAGCAGCGCGGCGUCCGCCUCUACGACGGCGAGGAGAAGGUAAAGUUUGAUACGGGCAUAUUGCUUCUGAGUACGCACAGAUUGAUCUGGAGAGAUCAGAAAAACCAUGAAUGUUGUAUGGCUAUUCCACUUUCCCAAAUUAUCUUCAUUGAAGAACAAGCAGCCGGGAUAGGAAAAAGUGCGAAAAUAGUGGUUCAUCUUCAUCCAGUACCUUCCAACAAGGAGCCUGGCCCUUUCCAGAGUAGUAAAUACUCAUACAUCAAACUUUCUUUCAAAGAACAUGGACAGAUUGAGUUCUACAGAAGGCUAUCGGAAGAAAUGACUCAGCGGAGGUGGGAGAACAUGCCUGCUUCUCAGACCAUAGAUGUUACCAGAGGCUCGCAGACAGGGAGAAUAAGAGCUGCAGGAAUUGUAGGUAUUGAGAGAAAAUUAGAAGAAAGAAGAAAAGAGAUGGAUAAAAACAUUUCCGAGGCUUUUGAAGACCUCAGCAAGCUGAUGGAAAAGGCUAAGGAAAUGGUGGAAUUGUCCAAAUCGAUUGCUAACAAGAUCAAAGAAAAGCAAGGUGACAUCACAGAAGAUGAGACAAUCAGGUUUAAAUCAUACCUGUUGAGCAUGGGCAUAGCUAAUCCAGUCACCAGGGAAACCCAUGGAUCUGGAACACAUUUCCAUAUGCAACUGGCAAAGCAACUAGCUGGCAUUUUACAGGCACCUUUAGAGGAGCGGGGAGGAAUAAUGUCACUCACAGAGGUUUAUUGCUUGGUGAAUCGUGCUCGGGGCUUGGAGCUGCUCUCGCCUGAAGAUCUAGUAAAUGCGUGUAAGAUGUUGGAAGCACUAAAAUUACCUCUCAGGCUGCGUAUAUUUGACAGUGGUGUUAUGGUGAUUGAGCUGCAGUCCCACAAUGAAGAGGAGAUGGUGGCUUCUGCCUUAGAGACAGUCUCUGAAAAGGGAUCUCUUACAGCAGAAGAGUUUGCAAAGCUUGUGGGAAUGUCUGUACUUUUAGCUAAAGAAAGGCUGCUUCUAGCUGAAAAGAUGGGCCAACUUUGCAGAGAUGAUUCUGUAGAAGGCUUGAGAUUCUACCCAAAUUUAUUUCUCACGCAGAGUUAAUGAUACGUUAGCUCUGUCUUCCCCUCCGUUCAAAUAUGCUUGCCACAUGUAGGCUGGACGAAAAGAAGCCAAAUGAUCUACCUUUUGCCCAGUUGACCUUGUGAUGGUGCACAAACAUUUCCUGAGGUGGCGGUGGGCCCUAUGUGGAAAGAUGAAGAAAGAGGAACAUAAAAGAGUGCAUAAAUUAUGUUAUGUUGCAACUGUGUGCAGGUCGUGUGGGAUAAUUAAUGCAGAGGACUAAUUUGAAACUUCUUUCUUAAGAGGACAGAUUUGAUACACUAGAAACCUUGUGCUGUUAAAUUACAGAGGAAGGCAGUUAAGUGAUUCAGGAAAGGUGGGGAUGUUAUUGUGACCUACUUGCAAGAGUAGACAGCACAAAGCGUGCUGUUUGCUUAGUACAUUUUCCCCUAUUCCAUUUUUACUAUGGACUUUGUAUCUGCAACUCCAAAGCAAUCAUGUUUUCAGUAGUGUUAGAAGAAGAUCACUGGUGUGAACGUAACACGAUACAGAGCGUGUUUGCCCUUUUUUCCAGUUACUACUGAAUAAUUCAAUUUGAAAGUGCCUACAUUUCGGGGAAAUCUUCCUGGGUAUGUUUGCCUAUAAACUUUCUUCAGAGGAAGGAUUAAUCUGUAUUAUAAAAAAUGUAGACACCAGCGUGUUGCUUUGUGCUGAACGUUAAGACAAUAAGCAUUGUGAACUC